AUCUCUUUUCUAUGGUUUUAUGCUUUAAAGAAUAUUUUUAAAGAAAUGUCAGUGUAAGUGUAUUGUUCUUUGAUGAAUUCACGAAAAAAGUGGCAUUUUGAAUUUUAAACAUUUAUUAAAUAUGGAUGUAAGCGUUCUACUACCAAAAAUAGCACUAAGUUUGGGAAUCGGUAUUACUUUUGGUGUUUGGCUGCAUAAAUAUUUGCAUAGAGAUCAAACGGAAACGUUAUUUUUUUUUGGAAAUACUCAAUAUUAUCAUCACACAACCAACGACCAAAACGAUUGUGAUUGCCGAACUUGUAAAUCAAAUACACUUAUAAAAUGGCUCAAUCAAGCUAAACAUUCUUUAGACAUUUGUUUAUGUUUUAUAACUGAUGAGACACUCACUACUACAAUAAUAGAUGCUCAUAAACGAGGAAUUAAGGUGAGAAUAAUAUUGGAUGAAGAUUGCAUUAGAACUACUUGGAAAAUGGGCAUGGCCGGUAUUGCUAAAAAAGUGAAAAAAGCUAAAAAUUCAGAUAGUAUAAUGCAUCAUAAAUUUACUAUCAUAGAUGGGAAAAAAGUAAUUUUGGGAUCUCUCAAUUGGACGCCAAAGGCACUACGAAAAAACUGGGAAAACACAUUAAUUACGAACAACGCAGAAGUGGUUCGUGCAUAUUCUAAAGAGUUUGAAAAACUGUGGAAACAAUUUUAGCUUAAGAAUUAACGCGAUGUAAAUAAAAAUAACAAGACAAAUGUAAAAAGAUAAUCAUGUAAUUUAAUAUCGAAAAAUUGUCAGUUCCUUAUUAACAUUGUACCAAAAAUAAACAAUGAGUUUACAUAGUUUUUUUUGUUCAAGUAUCAAUUAUUUUACUUCAAAUGUAUUACAUACUUCUCGAGCACACUGGCCCAAUUAAAAUGACUACUUCACUACAAAAAAAUUUUUAAAUUAA